AUGGCAUCAUCAACCCUCGGAGAUAUCCUCAACAUCUCCCUAGCAGCGGGACAAGCCCAAAACUGCUUCGGCAUCACCAGCAUACCCGGCGGAACAAGACCUUGCAAAAACACUCUAGGCAAAGAGAAGCUCUCCGACGCACGGAUCAUCCUAGUCCAGACUCUCCCCCAGCUUGAAAGGAAUGGCACGGCCGUCGAGGAACAUCUCAGGAGACUUUCGGAGCUCCUUGUACAGGCACAACACGGUCUUCGUACACAAUCUCAGCGGGAUGGUCUGAUAGCUCAGUGGCAGGAUCAGGUAGAGCGGUAUCGUCGAGAACAGGAAGCGAUUCUACCUUUUUCGUCCCGCCUGCAGGAUCGAUCGGAAAACUGGUCGCAGAACACGCCCGAGGUGUUUACCCCGGAAAUUUCAUUUGCAGGGGGCCCAGCUGCGCCCGCUCUCCCCGCUGUUGUCAGCUCCCCGUCCGGGUCUAGCCUUGUGUCCGGUCGGACAGAGUUCUCGAUUCCUCAGGUUCAGUCUGGUGUAGAGUAUACCCGAGAGCUUCCAUCUGAUCUAUCGGUUCAGACACCCGAGCACUGCGAUCUCGGGUCACAAGCGACUGUUAUUUCGAAUAAGCUGUCCGAUGCUUCGAUUGCUGUUGAUGAGUUCUUACUGAUCAAUUUUUGGACUAUCAUCAUCCAGUUCUGCUUUGGAUGUCGUGCUUUCAUGCAGAUGCGACUUGGCACUCUUUCAUCCCAUGGCACUGGUCGCAUCUCGAAAGACGCAUUCGUCGAGCUGAAGUUUUUACUCCUUGGAAGCAUACCUUCUGUUCGAAUGCUCGAACAUUUUAUUUUGUUUCUUUUGGUUGUUUUUCUUUUGUAUAGCUGGCCUGGUGUCGUCGUUGCGGGAUCCUUACUGUUGGUUUACACAAUUUCCGGGGCGAUAUAUAUUGCCGGACACAAAUAUCGACCCACGACCUUUUCAAGCCAAUGA